CGAAGCAGGUGGUUUUCUUAGGGGACCACACCCUGAGCCUUCGACGACUUGUUUAUUUCGGUUUCACUCACCACUACUGUCAGUAGGCUUAAACACACUCAAGUCAUACUUAAAGUACUGUAGUCGUACCAAAUUGGACUUGGAAACAAUUUGCACCUUUUAAAAAUGCAUAAUAUCUUGAAAAUCCCUUUUUACAAUUUUCUUGAUUGUACUACAAGUUAUAACUGCAUUCUAGUUUGUUUCAUUGUCUGAACUCUCUUAUAUGCUUGUUGUCCUACUGGUCGUUUAUUUAAAAUUGUGUGUACUGAAUUUGCGAAGUGCACAAUAUUUACAUCAGUACUUAAAAAGUUUUGUACUUCGGUUUCUCAGUGAGUCGUGAUUAUUGAAUGUAGUGAGAUUGAUUUUUGUUUCGUGAACGAGUAAGCCCGAUAACUAUCAACGGAUAGGUAUAGACAUUCAAUAGAUUUCGGUUACUCCUUUCAAAUUAAUGUAUUUACACUCAAGCAUUCUAGUUACAGUGUUUCUUUAUUUGCUUGAUUACAGUGCCGCAUUCAGGGCUAGAAAAGUAUGAAAUCAGGUAGUGUGCAGUGUCAGCCAUAGCGGAAAUAGGUUAUCCGGCCAUACGCUAACAAAGGAAGUAACAGCUGCACGUGAAGCUUUGGCUACAUUAAAACCACAAGCUGGUAUAAUACAACCAUCUCAGAUGAAUGUACAAAAUAUUAACACAACUCAUCAACCUCCUGCUGGCACAGCUCCAACUGUUCCUCCAUCCUUAGACACAAGUGACAACUCAAGUACUGUAGAUUCAAACCAGCUGCAAGAAGAGAUUGGUAUAAGCGAAGAUGUUAUCAACACUCUACAAGAACGGGCUAGUCAGCUUACAGCAGAGCGAAAACGACGUGGAAAAACAGUACCAGAAGGAUUGGCUAGAUCUCGAGCUAUUUCUGAAUACCAGCAACUGGCUAAUCAUACAUCUCCUGAAAGAAUUGUAACGGGGGGUAACGACAAAACUGCUGUUGUAUUUGAUCUUUCUACAUCACAAGUCAUAUCCAUUCUCAAAGGACAUAACAAAAAGGUUACACAGGUUGUUUAUCAUCCGUCUGAAGAAUUAGUGUUCACAGGUUCGCCUGACACAACUCUGAGAGUAUGGGGUGUCGAACAAGGUCAAUGUGCAAGUAUAAUUCGUGCACACAAGGGACCUGUAACUGGUCUAACUCAGACGGUCAAUGGGCAUUCAGUGAUUUGCGACAUGGACGCGUUUUGGUUAGAAUUUCCGCCGUGGAUAAGUCUGGCAGUAUCCAAGCACUUACUUGCGCCCAGUUUUCAUCCAGAUGGUCUUAUUCUUGGGACUGGUACUGCUGAUGGGGAGGUGAAAAUCUGGGAUGUUAAGGAACGGCGCAACGUUGCGAAUUUCGCACAUGGUUCAGGUACUAAUCAACUAGUUACAGCUGUCGCUUUUUCGGAAAAUGGAUAUUAUCUGGCUACAAGUGGUGGCGAUAGUCAAGUGAAGCUCUGGGAUCUGCGGAAAUUAAAGAACUUUAAAACUUUGAUUCCUGGUGAAGAUCAGCCAUCCUACGAAAUAUGCGAUGUGGAAUUCGACCAGUCUGGUUCAUAUCUUGCUGUUGCUGGUACUGAUGUACGUGUGUAUUUGUGCAAACAGUGGGAUCAAUUAGUUUCGUUCAAUGCACAUACAGCUCCAGCAACUGGAGUUCGUUUUGGUGAGAAUGCAACUACGGUUAUUUCAGCCAGUCGUGAUCGUUCAGUAAAAGUAUUUGGUACAUAA